GUGUCUACAACAUUUUUUAUUUCUCAAAUAUCUUCUGCAGCUUAAAAAAACUAUUCAAAAUGCGUUUUUUGCGCCGAGGAACUGUUCAAAAAAUUGGUGUUGGAUUUUUAAUCUGUAUUUGCCUGAUUACAGUUUAUUUUGUGAACAAUGAAUCGGACUUGGAUAAAAGCGAUAAAAUAGAAAUAAUUGAACGCUCCAUCCGGUCGGUGAUCAACCAAGGGGACUGCCGGCACCCUCAUCUUCCCUUGGACAAUCCAGAUAUCAUGAAAUUCUAUAAGCCGGUUGAGCGAAUAAACUGUGGGGAAGGGUUGGACUGGGUGAUGUGUGAAAACUCUAUUUGUUUCGUGCGACCAGAGAUUGCUGCCAAUCACGAGGAUGUGACCUGUUCCUAUACGGACAUCAUUCGCAAAACUGACUACAAGGUGCGCUUUGGCAGGACUCUGCGCAUGAAGGAGCCCUAUGUCCUUCAAGCUAGCGAUUUUGUCAAGGUGGCUUGCCGCUCCGCCAACGGUGAAAGUUGGCUUGGAAUGGCCCAUGGGAUACGUGAUACAGUUCCACGCCCUCUGUCCGCAAACUUUUCACCAAAUCUUGCUGUUCUGCCUCCGGAAGCAGUGGCCCAGGCGCAACAACAAAUGCAGGAUGUUCCAACUGCUUCGUUUUAUAACGUUCUUAUGUUCGGCUUUGAUUCCCUGAGUCGGAAUGCCUUCAUCAGAAAACUUCCCAAAACCUACGAAUAUCUUACGCAACAGUUAGGUGCCACUGUGCUCAAGGGCUAUAAUAUAGUAGGAGACGGGACUCCUCAGGCUUUGGUCCCACUACUUACAGGAUUUACAGAGUUGGAACUUCCUGAGACGCGAAAGCGAUUUUCUGGAGCAGGCAGCGUGGAUUCAUACCCGAUGAUCUGGCAGGACUUUGCUCGGCUCGGCUACAUGACUUCUUUUAACGAAGACCUGCCAAACGUGGGAACAUUCACCUACAGGAUGACGGGGUUCGACCAACAGCCAGUCGAUCACUACCUACGAACCUACUAUGUUCAGGCAGAGCACAUGGCUGCCGAGAGCCAACCCAACUGCAUUGGUCGGCAGCCGGAUCAUAUAACUAUGCUAGAGUACACCAAGAAUUUUAUGCUAAAGUAUCGGGACACGCCUCGUUUUGUAUUCAGCUUUCAUGGUGGACUCUCACAUGAUUCAAUUAAUUUAAUUGGCGCUGCUGAUGACGAUGUCCAUGACUGGCUGGUGUCGCUCAAGGAACGUUCGCUGCUGGAUGACACCAUACUUAUUAUGAUGGCCGAUCAUGGGAAUCGAUUUGCCGAGGUCCGAGCCACACUUCAAGGAAAGCAAGAGGAGCGUCUACCGUUUUUCAGUUUUGCGUUUCCCGAGUCUUUCAAGAAACGCUUCCCACAGGAGUACAACAACUUCCUGGCAAAUGAGCAACGCUUGACCACGCCGUUCGAUAUACAUGCCACCCUGAAGCAUAUAAUACAGCUACAAAGUGCAGGGGGAGAGGAUUUGUUAGCGGAGAGUAACAAUCUCAAAACUGAACCCACUACGCCAGAAAUACACAUUUCGGAUCUGGCCAAGGGUCGUGCCAUAUCGUUGUUUGAACCCAUUCCAAGCAAUCGAUCCUGUGCCAGUGCCUAUAUAGAGCCGCACUGGUGCGCCUGCCUUAACUGGUUGCCCCUGCAGCUAAACGACACAAGGUAUACGGGGAUCAUCCUCAAAACAGCGCAGAGCAUAGUGGAUGCCAUCAAUCUGGCCACAGAUGGACAGCGUCAGUAUUGUGCUCCUCUUCAGCUGCUUCGUGUCAAUUGGGCGCUUCGCUUGCAGCCCCACAAGGAACUGUUGCAGUUCAAGACCAACAGCGAUAAGGACGGUUUUCUGGCGGAUAUGACCGGCCAGACCCUGGUUCGGGACGAGGUGUACCAGCUCCAGGUAGUCACGCAGCCCGGAAAUGGGCUCUACGAGGCCAGUGUGGCCUACAAUCUGCAAACGUUCAGUGCCACCACGAAACUAACUGAUAUUUCAAGGGUCAACAAGUAUGGCAACCAGGCCAGAUGUAUUUACGAUCGUGAUCCGGAGUUGCGCAAGUUUUGCUAUUGCCGCGACUAAUCCGGAGGCACAAAUCCACUCUCUAGUCCACACAAAACAAUUGUAAAGUGCUAAGCAAUCAACUCGAAUAGAUUUUUGCACGGCGUCCAAGUAACAGCCAACGCACGAAUAUUUUGUAUUCUAAUUUAUCCCAAAGACUUCGCUCGUCACUGUCUCUCUAGAAGUUAGUCUGACUCAGUUUGUAAUAUAGGUUCCUUUAAUCAACGAUAAUAUUGUGUUAAUAAAGUAUUCCUUUUGUAUAUGUCAAGUGAACAAAAAAUGUAA